AUGACAUCGCGAUCGAUUGAGCAAGAAAAUGCUAUUGCCGUGGAGGAAAUCAACAUGUCGGUGACAGUGUCUGCCAGCAAAAAGAAGAGGGGAGGAAAACGGAAGAAAGUCAAAGAAGUCUUUUCGUCUUCAUCUCCCUUAUUAUUUCGCCUUCCUCUAGAAAUCAGCAAAGAGAGCAACAACCUCUGCAAUCGCAACAAACACUCUGGUUUGGAAAACAAAAAGAUAGUGACCAUUGAGCCAGCUGAUAAGGAGCAAGGUGUUGUACUUGGAAUCACCAAGACCAAGAAGCAAAACAGACGUAAACUCUCUGUUAACAAAUUUUUCCUCAAGAAGGAGUUCCCAAAGAUGAUCAAAGCUAUUGUCAACUAG